AAUACAACAUUUCUCCUAUAGUCAUGGGAUUUGUUCUCUUUUCACAAAUGCCUUCAUUUCUUCUUGUCUCUACACUUCUCUUAUUCCUAAUAAUAUCCCAUUCUUCUCAUGCCCAAAAUUCUCAACAAGACUAUUUGGAUGCCCAUAACACAGCUCGUGCAGAUGUAGGCGUAGAACCUUUGACCUGGGACGACCAGGUAGCAGCCUAUGCGCAAAAUUAUGCUUCCCAAUUGGCUGCAAAUUGUAACCUCGUACAUUCUCAUGGUCAAUACGGCGAAAACCUAGCUGUGGGAAGUGGCGAUUUCAUGACGGCCGCUAAGGCCAUCGAGAUGUGGAUCGAUGAGAAACAGUACUAUGACCAUGACUCAAAUACUUGUGUACAAGGACGGGUGUGUGGACACUAUACUCAGGUGGCUUGGCGUAACUCGGUUCGUGUUGGAUGUGCUAGGGUUCGGUGUAACAAUGGAGGAUAUGUUGUCUCUUGCAACUAUGAUCCUCCAGGUAAUUUUAUAGGCCAAAGUCCAUACGAACUUAAAAGGCGUCCAUUUCACGUUAUAUAGAUCCAGGUACCUCAUACCAGCCUCGAUAUUAGUGAGCAGUGAGUUCGUGGAGACUUAAAGGUAUAUCUUCCCGCGUUCGCAGACCUCGGAGUCCCCCUCUAUUCCCUCCUAUAUUGUUUUCCUUCAGUAUUUUCCUUAGACUCUGAUGUAUAGAGACACUUAGUUUUCUCUUAGAUGCUUGUGAAUUAUUACCAUCGAGUUUUGGGAACAUUGUUAUACUUGAGUGUUGGUUUACUUGUAUAAGUCGAGCGACA